AUGGGUCACUACCACAAUAUGUACCUCGUCGCGGACGUCUUGCUACUAACCGACAUCUUCCAGGGCUUUCAAAGCGUGUGCUUGGAGGACUACAAGCUCGACCCCGCCCACUUCUACAGUGCACCAGGUUUAGCAUGGAAAGCAGCGUUAAAGUACACAGAAAUCAAGCUGGAGCUCCUAACGGACCCUGACAUGCUCUUGAUAUUUGAAAGAGGCAUCCGUGGAGGUAUAACCCAUGCUGUACACAGGUAUGCCAAAGCCAACAACAAGUAUGAGGGGGGUCAAUACGAUCCAGAGGUUGAGUCGUCAUACUUGCAUUACCUCGAUGCCAACAAUUUGUAUGGCUGGGCUAUGCGUCAAGACCUGCCCACGCAUGGAUUCAAAUGGUUAUCGAACGUUGAGACCUUUACACAGAAGCGGAUCGAGAAACUCGUCGCUGACAACAAGCACGGCUACAUCUUGGAAGUUGAUAUCGAUUAUCCAAAGAGCCUACAUGACAAGCACAACGAGCUGCCUUUCUUGCCGGGGUGCAAGGUGGUUCACAGGGUCGAGAAGCUACUCCCAAAUCUCGAACAUAAGCGGAAGUACGUGUUGCACAUCAGAGCCCUUCAUCAGGCUUUAAAGCAUGGGCUCGAGCUUAAGAAGGUGUAUAGAGUCAUCCAGUUUAACCAGAAGCCAUGGCUGAGGGGUUAUAUCGACCACAACACGGGGCUUAGAACGGCCACCAAAAACGAGUUCGAGAAGGACUUCUAUAAGCUCAUGAACCUCUCGGAAUUUGGCAAAACUAUGGAGAACUUGAGGAACCAUCACAACAACCAGUUGGUUACCAACGAAGAGAAGUACACAAAGCUCGUCAUGAAACCAAACUUCAAGGGCGGGAACUACUUCAGCAGCCAUCUCAUGGGCGUGGAAAUGUGUAAAACAGAGGUAAAGAUGAAUAAACCUGUGGAUAUUGGUCAAGCUAUCCUAGAUCAGUCAAAAACCGUCAUGUACAAGUUUCACUACGACUAUAUGCAGCCCAAUUACGGUAGCAAGCUGCGGAUUUGCUAUAUGGAUACUGACUCCUUCGUAUACUACAUCAAACCGGAGGACUUUUACCGUGAUAUUGCCGAUGAUGUAGAGACACGUUUCGACACAAGUACCUACAGCAAAGAUGAUGGCAGACCUCUCCCCAUUGGUAAAAAUGAGAAGGUGGUAGGCUUGAUGAAAGAUGAGCUAAGCAGUAAGAUUAUGACAGAAUUCAUCACAUUGAGAGCUAAGCUGUACUUUACAAGAGUCUCACGGAAGAGGGCGCGAUCGCAAAGCAAAAGGUGUGAAGAAGUGUGUCACAAAGAAAUCCAUCACCUUCAAAGACUAUAUCAGCGCUGCUUGGAGGAUGGUGUCGAUAUAUACAAGACCUGGGUCUGUAUCCAGAACAAGGGGCAUCAAAUCUAUACGCAGGAAGUGAACAAGCUGGCACUCAAUAGGGCAGAUGACAAACGGAUCGUACAAGCGGACCAGAUCACAACGCUCGCAAGAGGUCAUUAUCGCUUAGCGGCAAAUAAAUGA